GAGAGCUCCUUGCUCUCAGACACUCCCCUCCUCCCUUUAGCACCCCUAGCUCCCACUACUCCCCCAACCCUGUGCUCCCGGGGCCAUCUAGAGCCUCCUCCGCCCCCCCUCCCCCCAUAGCCCGUUACCCAGCUGGGAUCGGUCAACCCUUCCUCCAGCCCUCAGGUCUGCUGCUCUGCCAUUCUCUCAUCGUCCCCUGCACUGCACAGCCCAGCUCCCUGGAAGGGGAGGGACGCACAAACAAGCAGACAGACAGACCCCCCCCCAAGUCUUGGGGGGAGACGAAGGCCUGGUGGCUGGGGUACGGGGGAAUUCUUGGCCUCGGCCCCGAGGGCAAGUCCGUGGGGAGGCUGCCCCCGGCGGUGAUGGCUCUCCAGGGGAAGAGGCCAGGGCUGGGAUGCACAGACCCUUCUAUCAAACUUUCCACCCGGCUGGGACAGCCCUCGAGAUCCUGCAUCCGGGUGCCUGUGACCUUUGAAGAUCUGGCUGUCAAGUUCUCUGCUGAUGAAUGGCAUCUCCUAGAGGAAUGGCAGAGGGAGUUCCACCGAGAUGUGAUGAGGGAGAACUAUGAGACACUGGUCUCUUUGGGGACAGCUCAACUGCUUCCACUCUCAGCAUUCCUAUCCCUGACAGAGCCUCAAGAGGAUACAGGGGACAGUGGCUGUUCUGAUGGGGAAUGGGAGAAGCCUGGUGAAGGAUUCCAGGGAAAAGAGCUGGAGAUCUCUGAUGCUGAUGCCUGUGCAGAUAGCACCCCGAGGGCUCAAGCCUUGGAUGAAGCACAGAGCUCAGCUGGGGCAGGUGAAGGGGGUCAGCAGCAGGGGAGCCUUCACCUCAACGCCCUAGUCCGUUUGGUGAAGGAGAUUCCAGAGUUCCUUUUUGGUGAAACCAAGGCCAUGGAUACCCCAGAGACCCCCGAGAGCAGGGAAAGUGGUUCAGAAGUGGAGAGGCUGAGCCUGGAAGCAGCCAUGAUUGUGCAUCCUAGCCCCCUCCAGGGCUUGCUCAGCUGCCUCCCAGAGAUCCCGGUGAGCAGGCCUGCCCUGGCUGUCACACCUGCCAGCAGCUCAUCCAAUAGCAGUCUACAAGGGGAUGGGGACCGAGAGCUGCGAAGCCCAGAGCUGGUACCCCAGACCCCACACCCCUAUGAACCUGCUGCCAAGACCAGCCCCUUGGACAUCAGCAGGAAUCCUAGUGGGAAAGAAGAUCCAGACACGGCAGCCAGCCGACCUAAUAUUCCUGGUUUCACUGGCACUCAGGAACAGAAGCAAGUGGGGACCCGGGGGCAAGGAAGUCCUUCUGAGAGCAGCCCUCUCCAAGGCCUCAUCAACUGCCUGAAGGAGAUUCUCGUCCAGGGACCCCAGCAGCCCCGGCCUCUUGCUACUGGACCACUUCCUCAAAGCAGCCCAGGGGAUAUGAGACUAAUGACUCCAGACCGAAGACCCAGGGGCCCAUCCUGGGCUGUGAAGACAGAAACCAUUUCAGAGAAUUCCCCUCUCCAGGGACUGCUGAACUGUCUUAAGGAAAUCCCGGAAACCCAAGCCAGGUGUACUGGCCUCCCAGGAGGAGGGCUACAGCAACGGAGAGAUGGCCCAGGGACUUGGCAAAAGGAUUCUGGAGUUAAAAUGGAAGUAACCACUGAAGAUGGUUGGGUCCAGAGCCCUCAGAGCUAUAUCCCUGAACCUCGAAUUCCUGUUUCCUGCGAGCUCAGUGCACUUACCCACGGCUCAUCCACUAGUAGCAGCAUAGAGGGUGAUGGGAAUCUUGGGGGUUGGACCCCAGUGAACCAAGCUGGCAGUGCCCAGAGCUCACCCUUGGAAGCCCUGGAAACCUAUCUGAAGGACAUCCCCCUGAACAGAUCAUUACGACCCCAGCCGCUGAGCAACUACUGGUGCCUGAGCCCCGGGCAGCUGGAGACAGUUCAGCAAAGGUCUGAUCCACGAGCCCGGAAGUGGCAUGUGGAAGCGGUGACCACAGCUUCUCUUGCUUCGCUGGGGCCGCACGGCUGUGUGAAGGAUCUCUCUGCUCGCCGUCUGGGCCAUCUUAAUACCCCCAGUAGCUUCUCCUCAGCCAGCAGCACAGAUGGGGACCUGGAUCUCAGAAGCCCAGAAGGGAGCCGGGGACGAUGGUUCAGAGAAGCAAGUCCAGUCGAGAGCUCUCCUCUCCAGGGCCUGGAGAACUGUCUCAAGGAGAUCUCCACAAACAGGCCCCACCUCAACCAGCCUGCCUCUCUGUUGGCCUCAGCUGGGGAUGGGAUGUCGAGAAGAGUAGAACCCAGGAGCUGGACUUCAGACAAGGAAGGACUGGGGAGUGAGUCGAAUGACUCUUUCUGCCCGACGCAAGGUGGGAAGGAGGUGCCCUUUGAGAGUCGGAACCUAGGCAGCCCACAGACCAGAGUCUGCAGCUCCUUUGCUCACCACCAGACUGGGGCCAAAGACAAGACAAGUGAAGCAGGGCCUUGGAAGUGCCUGGGAGAAGGGGCAACCCCCAAGCCCUCUCCACUGCGAUGUCUGGAAAACUCAUUGAGGGGGAUCUUGGCCAUGAGGCCCCUUCGCUUCACCUGUCUGGCCAGCCCCAGCCUCAGUUCCAGCUCCAGCCCCGGCUCCAGCCACAGCAGCAGCAGUGGGAGCUCAGAGGGAGAAGAUCAGAGAUUAGAGGCUGAGCUGUGGAGAGCACGGGUCAAAGCAUGUUCCCUCUUUCCCAUCCCUCGGGGGCCUGUGUCUCAGGUCAGCAGCCAUCUCAGGCCCCUCACUAGCAGUGUCAAUAACCCCACAACAAGCAAAGACCAGAGGAGGACCGAGCCUGGGGAUUGGAGAGCUCUCAAUGCAGCUCUGAAAGCAGAGGAGACUUCAGGCUGUAGCCUCAGCAUCCAUGGGAAGGAUGUGCCUGCAGAGACCUCUGGGGGGUCCUACACCCCCAGGAGCACUGAAACAGGCCCAGCUGCUGAUCCCUGUUCUGCCCCUGACCGGGAAGAAGCUCCUGAUGUACCAACCCCCUGCCCCUCUUCUGGAGGGCCUGAGGUAGCUGAAGAAGCCGACGGCCCGAAGGCUGUGCCUGGAGAACUGAGUGUGGCAAGUCCCAAGGAGGUUAAGCCAGACACACCAGGGACAAAGGCAAAGGACUUCACAGGACUUGCACUGGGAGCUGAAGUUAUCCCCCAGUCCAGCCCACCAGAAACAUCUGAAGGCAUCCAGAGCUGGGUUGGCACUUCUGCCCUGACCUCCCAGGACGCUCCGUCACCACAGAGGCCAAAUAGAGGGAACAAGCGCCUGUGUUCUCCCGGUGAGCCUGCUGCCAACUGUUCUCCAGCUCAAAUGGACAGGAGAAUCUCAAGCACUCAGAUUCAUGGUUCAGCCGAGACACCCAGCAAGACCCCACGACUAUCCUUGCCCCCAGUGACUAAUGCCCCUUCCUCCUUGCCAGUUAAUUUCCCACAGUCUUCCUGUCACUGUGGGGAUGCCCUCCGGGGGGAGCUUCACAACCUUGGAGCUGCCCUCACAGAGCAGUUGACCCGCCUCUCCUCUGCCCUGGUCACUCUGUCCCAGGACAUGUCAGCCAUGAAGAACCGUGUGAAGUUGCUGGGGAGGGACUUCCGGUCGCACCAAAGACUAGGAAGAGGGUCACGACCCUGGACUCUCUGCCGGAGGUACCAUAAGUGCUGUCAUUCUGUUCGAAGACAUCGAUCUAGACAAAAAAAGUCCACUCAGCCACAACCCCUACAACUUGGGGGGCAGCCAAAAGGUCUGGAGGUUGGUGAGACCUCAAACCUCUUACGGCGGGAGCCCCCCAGGGUGCCACAAGUGCCUCCAGACACUCCCCCGGGUAUAACACCUAUGGUACUGACCACCCCCUUUGGCCCGAAUGGUAGCUCUUCUCCCUCCUCUGUCAUCUUGUCCCCUACUUGCUCUACAUUGCUGACCAUGCACUCCCCUCAGAGACAGCUUGAGGACUACCAAAGCCCACCACCCACUCCACUUGCCAUAUCAUCCUCCCAAAUCGCCCCUCCUCCAAGCCCAGAGGAAGGAUUCAAAUCCUGGCAGGAACUGGAGCAGUGCAAGUGGAAACCAGCCAUGGACACAGGAAUGAAGGGAGCCUGGUCACAGCAGUCCCAAGAGCCAUCCAGUAGGAGGCCUGGGGAAGUGGGCACAAAAGCCCAACAUGGAGGCCCUGGCUAACUAACAGGAAGGCCCAUUAGCUAAAUCCCCUCGAGAGGCAGUUGCCCUUCUUCAGGGGUCCUGUCUGGGAGGAAGCCAUGGCUUCCUUCCAUGUCACCCUCCCUUGGCUGCACAUAGAUGGUGGGGAUCCUGCCUGUUAUUCUUAUCAGUCCUAGUCUUUCCCAGGCACCUUUGAGACAUUUUCUUCAGAGAAGAAGCUACUAUUUAGGGAUGUUUUCUUUCCCUUUUCCUUAGAUUAAGCUCCAAUGAAACCUUGAUUACAUGUUUCUUUCGACUAUUCUUCCUUUGCCCAAGAACUUCCAAAGUUAACAUAAGAGAGAGAGAAUACAUGUAUGUAUGUCACCCAAUGGCUACAUAACACCCUUAGUUUCCAGUCUCCCUUCCCCCUACCCCCUUCUACCUCAACUUUCAUAGGGUGAAUUGAGUCACUCAUCCCUCUCUGGUGAACCAGAGGGUGAGUUAUGUGCCUGGUAUAGAGGACUCUCAUACCAGGAGACUCCAUCUACCUCUUGGUAUAAUUUGUUGGCCUUGCCUUUGGCUUCAGGGGAUGAGACCAGAUUCAAACAUUAAAGUUUUAAGUUGCUAAGAGUAAAUGUGGGAAACUGAAUUAGGCCUUCUGGGGCUAGGCCAGCCCCAACAGUCUACUCCCAAAAUGGGGCACAGGAAACAUAUGCCUUGGCAGACCACUUCUUCAGAUCACAGUAGGUAAUACAGUUCUUCUGGGGGUCUAGUGAUGGGCACAGCUUGAGCUCCCUUAUGGAGGAAGUAGCUGAAUGACAGUUAGGGGCAGGGUAGCUGAUUAGAGGCCAGGCCAGCAUGGGAGGAGAAUGGGAGAGCCAGUGUUAUGGUUACAAACAUAAGAUGGAAGAGGACAGGAUUUCAGUACCUUGUCUGACAGAAACCUGGGGGUGUUAGCGUUCCGCUAGCUCAACAAGUCAGGAGUGUGAUAGGAAGGCCCGAAAUGCUCAUAUGCUCUUGGGCUACAGCAAGGAAUGUAGAACUUCCAGGAAGGAGGAGGUGAUAGUCCAUCUCCUCUGUGCUCUACUCUUCAUCAAAUAAUAUCGGGAUGAUCAUGUUUACUUUGAGAAGGUCAUUGUUAAGCUAAAGAACAGGGCCACCAGAAUGGUCAUUGUCACACAAAGAUUGGGAAUGUUUGGUGGGGAGAAGGAAAGGGUUGGGGGGGAGGGGACAGGAGAGGUGAUCAUGUGAAGAAUUAGACGUGCUCUGCUUGGCUCAGAAGGCAGAACUAGGAGCCAUGGGGAGAAGUAUCAGGAAGAACUGCUUUAGUGGGCAGUGAUAAAAUGAAGCUGGCUGCCUUGAGAGGUGCUGGGGCCCCACAAGUGGCUGUCUUCAGGCAAAGGCUGGACGGCCCCGUGCUGGACAUGUUGGAUUCUUCCUUGGGGUGUGGAUCAGACUAGAUGGCUACCGACCUCCCUUCCAGCUGGAGGUGGGAUCUGACGGAAGCGGGCGUGAAGCUGGACAGGGCUUAUAGCCUCUGCUUGUGCUCAGAACUGCCAUCCCUCCACCCCCAGGGCAGCUGAUGGCUAAAGCAACAAAUGCAGGAUGUAUUAACAAAAGGUUUGCUAUAAUGACCAUAGACUACAACGUGAAAUCUGGGCCUGAACUGAACAUGUGGAGAAUGGCUUGGCACAAGUGAUGCCUCCAGAAGGGAUGAGUGGUGCAGGUCAUAAACACACGCCAUUCCUGUCAGUCCUCAGCCCUCCACCCUGUGGGGAUUGAGAGGGUUAAGGGCACAGCUGUCACUGUGGAGAGGGGCCCUCUUGGAUUCUCUGUGGGAGAGAUGGGGGAGGACACCGAUACUGUGCCCUGUGGUAUGGUUGCAACUGGCAACUUGGUACUUUGUCAAAGGAGUCUAAGCCUCUUUGCCCCUUCCUUUGGGCUUUGUAUCUGUUGUGGGUAUUUCUACAACAAUUUCCUUGUACCCCAAACCUUCCCCCAGUCUUGGUCCUGUAUGUAGGCAAAAUAGUCCCCUUGCCUAAAAAUAUCUCCCCUGGAGCUAAUCCCAGCCUUAAAUUCUCUCUCUCUCCUUUUUUUUUUGGGCAGGGCAAUGAGGGUUAAGUAACUUACCCAGUGUCACGCAGCUAGUAAGUGUCAAGUGUCUAAAGCCAGAUUUGAACUCAGGUCCUCCUGAAUCCAGGGCCAGUGCUUUAUUCGCCGGGCCACCACGCUGCCCCCCAGCCUUAAAUUCUCAACAUAUCCCAACCCCACCUCAACAUACAUUUUAGGUUGACAUUGUCUCCA